AAUACAACUUACCAAUAUAUUAUCAAAAAAAAAUUAUCUAUAAAUUCCUAAAAAGCCCCAGCGAACAGACGUAAUUUCAAUAAUCGCAUAAAAACAUAAAAAUUCUUCAGUCUCACGCCCCUCGCCUUCGUCGAAGUUCUUUAACCGGUGAACAAAAAGAAACGCAGACACACCAAAACUGAACUGUUUUUUUUUGUGCUCCUCCAAAAAAAAACCAAACGAAAGAAAGGAGAAAAAGUGCCGCGCCAAGCAAAAGAGCUAACAGAAAAGAAGUGAAAACUAAGCAAAGACCAAGAAACAGAAAAAGAAACAUGGCCAGUGCAGAGCAAAAACACGCCACAGGCAGCAACGGAACUGCCAAGAACAGCAGCAACAAAAUCAACAGCGUUCUCUCCGAACAGGAACAGCAGCCCAAGGAUGCCAAGGAUCUGCUGCCUCAUCUGGAGUCGCUGGAGCGCAUCAUCAAGCUACCUGUGGUGAAUGCGGCCUGGGACAAAUCGCAGGAUGUCUACGGCAAAGUUAAAGGCAAGAAUCGCGUCUUCGAAUGGGCGCUGACGGCAGCCGAGGAUUGCGUGACCCGGGCCGUGACAACGGCGGCGCCGUAUGUGACUAAAUUGGAUCGCCCGAUCUCGUUCGUGGACCAAACCCUCGUCAAGGGCAUCGAUAAGCUGGAGGUGAAGGCACCGAUAAUCAAGGACACGCCCCAAGAGAUCUACAACCAGGCCAAGAGCAAGGUGAUCGAUGUGGUACAGCCGCACCUGGAACGCGUGGUCAAGUUCAAGGCAGCCGGCCAACAGAAGGCCGCUUCCCUCAAGGAUCUCGCCUGGCAGAAGGCUAACGAGGUGCUGGCCACCCAGUACGGCAGCCUGGCCGUCAACGGAGUGGACACCACCACAGCCCUAGCCGAGCGCCUCCUUGAGUACUACUUCCCCAAGAGCGAGUCGGAUGUGGAGGAGGAUAACGAUGAUAAACAAAAUGUCGUCGUGCAAAAUGGCAAGAGUUCCGAAAAUGACAUGCCAGUUUCCGCCAGCGAGGAUCCAGUCUUACACACAGUCCAGACCGUUGGCCGACUAUCCAACAAGAUCUCUCGUCGCGUCUAUCGAAAUGUCUCCCGACAGAUCAAGCAGGUCCAAAAGGGCAACAUCAACGACUAUCUGAGCUCUCUGAUAGCCGCACUCAAGCUGCAUCAGUACAUUAACUUUAUCAAUUCGUCGAUGGGCACAAAUGUCGAGCAGUCGACACUCGGGGAAACUUGUUCGCCCUAUGGAUCGAGUAGCACCAGCAAUACUACCACCACCGCCGCCACCAACAGCUCGAACUCGAAACCCAACUCGGCGGCUGUGUCCAAGCCCAAAGUUGCCAAGAGCAAACCAGCGUCCUCAUCGGUUCAGUAAGGAUUCUGUAAGAAAGCAAGAUACUUCGGAAGACCUUCGCUGGAGCCCAGUUAUUUGUAUAUCUAUUUGCUAGAUAUUACAUAUAUUAACCAUACCCACGCCCCAACACCCUCACACGCCGCCCAUUUUUGUAUUUUCUAUUCUUUUUUUUUUUUGCUAAUUUUUGUAGCUAAAACCUGUCCAAGAAAAAUUUGGAUAGUGAUCAUCAUCAAAGUGGAGAAGGUUUUUUGCUAAAUCAUUUUAGACUGUUGUAGCCCCCCGCCCCCAUGCCCUUAAAACACCCACCCCCGCCAAUGUUUGCUUUGUAAAUAUUUAUUUGAAGUAACCCUCACACUCACACACAAUACAUAUAUAUACAUAUAUGCUCUAUAUAAAGAUUAAGUUUUAGUCAUUAAGGCAAGAAGGAACGAGCCCCGAGGAAGGAAGGAAACGUUUUUUUUUGUCCACUUUAGCUGUGCUAAAUUCGAGAAGGUGCCUCCAAAGGCGGCCUCUAAGUGCCACGUAUGCAUUGAAUAAAGAAUAAGUGGUAAACCAUAUAAAAACCUACCAUACAGAUAUGAUAUAUAUACAUAUAUCUAUAUAUACGCACGCAUGCACGCACCCAUAUGUGCCUUAGCUAUACGUACUCGUUAUACAUAUGUUACUCUACUUUUAUUUAACUUGUACUGCAUGGGAACUGGCUGAGAACCCAGCCAGAUGAUGCCUAAUUACUAAUGAAUAUGGAUUAUGCCUCAACACACGCAUAUUGUACCCAUGUAUGGAGAACGUAGCCAUAAAGUCCGCUCUUAAUAAUUAUGAUAAUUAUAAUGUUAAAUAUUAAUAAACAAGCAACGCAAAACUGGAACGAAGAACGAGAAAA